AUGCAGGUGGCCCAUUUCUAUAACUCAAUCAACAGCCAAAUGAUUCCCAGUCAACAGGCGCUGAUGCUCAACUCGGCUCUGGCAUUUGAGCGAUUGAUCAAGGCCUCCUCUUCAUCAUCCUCGUCUACAUCUUCGACAAAAAUCACCUCGUCACAGGCGGACGAACAGGGACCCGUGACUUGGGACAAAAUGAGCCGCGUCGAGACUUAUAUCAGCCAGCUUCAAACGGCUUCCAGAAACUUGAUGAGCGAGAAUCGGCGACUUAGGAAAUUGCACUUUACUGUCAUAGAGAAAGUGAGGUUAUCGAUAAAUUGA